AUGUUAUAUUCUCAAUAGAUGUAAAAGUAUAGGAAAUCAACCAGUUCACCAAUUCUCAAAUCCCAAAGUCUUCCAGUAAUAAAUGAAUUGAGAUUUGCAAUGAGAACUAGAGCAGGCAGUGAUUAAUAGCAUUCAGUCAAGAUCAAUUAAGACAGUUUUAUUGCUUGUCGAUUGUAUAAGGAAUAAUAAUGAUAGUAAUGGCUAUUAAUUCUUUGCUAUUUGUGAUGGUCAUGGUUAAAAUGGACAUCUUGUUUCAUAAUACCUUAAGAAAAAUAUCCCAAGUAUAAAUCACUAGAAUUAGUUAUUCUUAGUAAUUAUCUCAAGGACAUGACCUUAAAUUCAGAGGGUAUCAAUUAAGCAAUUAUUCGUUCAUACUUAAAAAUUAAUAAAGACUUAUUUUAGAGCAAUAUUGAUACUAAUUUGGCAGGAUCAACUAUAGUAUCAAUAUUGAUAAAGGAUUAAUAAGUAAAGUAUUUUAUUAUAUUUUAUAGAUAUUCUGUGCAAAUGUUGGUGAUUCUAGAGCAAUCAUUUGUUAAAAAGUAAAUACUUGGAUGGCUAUAUAAAUAAGUGUUGAUCAUAAACCAAAUAAUGUAAAAGAAAGAGCUAGAAUUAUAAAUGCUGAUGGUAGAAUAUCUCAAAGAAAAAGUUCAGAAGGAUAUCCUGCUGGUCCUGAAAGAGUUUAUCUCUCAUUUUCAGACACUCCAGGACUAGCUAUGACAAGAAGUUUUGGGGAUAAAAUAGCAGCAAAAGUAGGAGUUAUAGCAGAACCAGGUAUAGCUGUUUAUAUUAUAGAAAGAGAUAUUAGAAUUUAAGAGAACUAAGGCUCAUAAAUUUAUUGUACUUGCUUCUGAUGGGGUUUGGGAUUAAUUAACUAAUGAUGAGGUUAUGGAUUUGAUUUUACCUUAUUUUAAAGAUAAAUAAGUUGAAUUGGCCACUGAACGAAUAGUAAGAGAAGCAUUUAAUAGAUGGAAGCAGUUUUCCAUUUUGAGAGAUGAUAUAACUUGCAUUGUAAUAUUUUUAUGA